UUUACCUGGGGUGGGAAAGGCAUCCCCGGGUGCAGCGGGGUCUCCCCAGUGGCGGGGGAGGGGUCUUCUCCUCCGCCUCUCCAACGCCUCGCCCCGCCCCGCCCCUGCGCCCAGCGCCGCGGGCUCUUAGCCUCAGGUUUCCCUCGCCAGCGCGUGCGGGCUAGACAGAGGUGGCCCUAGGGACGGCAGGGGCCGGGCACCAGCAGCCACCUCCCUCUCCCUCCCCACGCUAACUCUCCGGGCGCCCUCGCCCGCCGCGGGCGGAGCUGGAACGGCGGCGCUCCAUGAUCCCCGCUCCCACCCUGCCCUGUCCCUUCCUCCUCGGAGCCCCCCAGCGGCCGACGCGGUGCAGCCCUGCCCGGAGCUAGCAGAAACACGGGCGCCCACAGAGCACUGGAGAAUGACCUGAGAACACAGAGAACCAGCGUUCAGCUGCCAAGGGGCCAAGGCAUGAGCUGGGGUCGUUCUUCCCAAUGGCAUCUCCCCCUGGUCUGGAACUGAAGACAUUGAGCAAUGGUCCCCAGGUUCCAAGGAGACCAGCCCCACUGGGCCCAGUGGCGCCAUCCAGGAUGGGUGUGGAGAAUGCCUGCUUCUUCUCUGAGGAGCAUGAGACUCAUUUCCAGAACUCUGGGGAUGCCAGACUGGGUAGCUCCCCCAGUCCCCCUGGAGGUGUCCCCUCACUGCCCCGGUCCCAGCGGGAUGAUCUUUCUUUGCAUUCAGAGGAAGGGCCAGGCCUGGAACCUGUGAGCCGCCCAGUGGACUAUGGCUUUGUUUCUGCUCUGGUUUUCUUGGUGAGCGGAAUCCUCCUGGUGGUAACAGCAUAUGCCAUCCCUCGAGAGGCCCGAGUCAACCCUGACACAGUGACAGCAAGGGAGAUGGAGCGCCUGGAGAUGUACUACGCCCGCUUGGGCUCGCAUCUGGACAAGUGCAUCAUCGCGGGCCUGGGGCUGCUCACAGUGGGUGGCAUGCUUCUGUCUGUGUUGCUCAUGGUCUCUUUGUGCAAGGGUGAGCUGUACCGCAGGCAGACCUUUGUCCCUGGCAGGGGAUCCAGGAAGACCUAUGGCUCCAUCAACCUGCGUAUGAGGCAGCUUGCUGGGGAUGGGGGCCAGGUCCUAGUGGAGAAUGAGGUUGUCCAAGUCUCAGAGACCAGCUAUACCACACAGGGCUCUUAAGUAAGAGUCCACCCUAUCUUGCUGCUUUAGCUGAAGAGCUUCGAAGUCCCGCAAAACUUGGGGUUUCAAAGUGAGAUCCACAGAGGGCCCUGUGGAGGGAGUUUUGGUGCUGGGGUGGGAGCAGCCUGGGUUCUGGCUUAGGCCCUACUCAGGCAAGCACUGCUGAUGUGUUUUGCAGCUUGAAGUUUUUGCAUAAGGCUUUGUUUGGAGGAUGGCUUCUGCUGCUAAAAAUACAUUUUUGGAAACCACUGCUCUUAGAAGAUGAGGUUGCUUGGCAUUUCUCAGGGUUGGGACUCAUGCGAAAGGGUGACCCCUGUUCCUCAUGCCUUGGGAAUUCUGAGACCCCAUUGUCUUCACUAGCCAAUUGAGAGUGUUGGGUGAUCAUCUGGAAUAGAGCGUGGCUUCAUGGUGAUGGGAGAAGUCGGUUCUGAGUUGACCCCCUGCAGUACCCAACUGACUGAACCAUAACCCUUCCCUCUCCAGGCCUCGGUUGCUCAGUCUCUAUAGUGAGGAGUGGGACUGGGUGCGCCACCAUGAGCCACAUCUGCCCUGGGAAGAGGAAGCCAGUCUGCCUCUGGCCAACCUACAAAGAGGGAUGAAGGUUUUUGACAGGGACUGACCAUUGUCAGUGCCACCUUCUGGCCUGCAUUGGUGACUCCCAGUGCCAGGAGCAGUGGUUCUCAUGGUCCUGCUACAGAGCCUGGGUGAAUGGGUUUGGUUCAAUCCAGAAUUUGACCCAGUGUGAAUUGGUCUUGGAAUUUGGUUUCCUAUGGUGGCUAAUUUUCUGCAGUGGUUCCUUUCAAAAGCGCACUGGGCACCUAGGUGUGAGGACUUGGUUGUAUUUCUGUGGGCAUGUUGGGGGUUUAUCACCUCCCCCUCCCCCUUAGUGAGCUGUUACUUAGGCCUGAUCUCAUCCUGGUAGCAGAAAACAGUUUUCCUUAAUGCUGAAUUAGUAAUGUCUGCCUUUCCUUCUCAGUGAAUUUCAGUUGCCAGUCAUCUGGGGACAUAUAAGGUACACUUAAGUGGCCUGGAGACUCCAGCCACAUGGAUCGCUGUUGGCAUUCUGUCUUCAGUGAAGUAUUUCCGGGAUCCCUCCAAACUUUAUUUAAACUUUUGACAAUGGAAGUAGGCAUUAGGGGACAAGGAGAUGGUGGCAGACAUUUGGGGAGCACUGUCCAGGCCAAAAGGCCCCAGAGGACUUCCAGAGCACAUACUGUCUAGGCUAUGGGAAGACUCUAAAAGGGUCAUUUCCCUGAGCCCCCUGCUCCAGGCAGGUCCCUCGCCCUCCAUCUUAGCUGCCUGUAUAAGCUGAGAUCCUAGCUGUUGGUGGGGGUAAGAAUCCGGGGUGGCACAGGCUCUGUAGGCUGGAGCGGUCCUGACUGUGUGGAACAUGAGCCUUCAGCUCAGGCAGCUUGAACAUCUGGGCAGUAUAAUAUCACAGCUUCUGAGACAGAUCAAAUGUCUGCUCAUUGGCUUUUUUUGCCUAGAGCAGAGAGCUGGGGGAGGACUGAGGGGGACAAAAUUGUGCAGCUUGGCUUUGGAGGUUCUGCUAGUGUGGCUGAACUAGGACAAAGGUCACGAGAGCAAAAGGUCCCGAUUCCAGGGCUUCUUCAUAUAUGUUGAUUUUUCCCCUGAUAGAGCAGGGAAAUACUGUACAAGGUGGCAGGAACCAUGCUAGAUGAAUCACAGUGAGGUAGGACUUUGCCAGUGAUGGGCCCCAGCUUCCCCAACCGUGAUGGUAAUAAAUGUAUCAAUUGGAGCAGUUUGGAUUCUGGUGGCAGUAGGGAGGCAUGCUAGGCUACAGUUCCUACUGAGAGUCUCUGCCUACCACUAUCCAUUUGGGUCAGUUUAAGCACAAUGAAAUGUACUUAGGGGCUCAAUCUGCUGGAAAAUAUAGGAAUGGCAGAUUUUUUUUUCCCAAGCCAGCGGAACCUGCUUUGCAUUCCGAUGGGAAAUUUCUUUAGAAACCACAUGCAAAUGGAUCAAGACAGGCAUUACCUCGUCCGUGAAUUAAGACGAUUUGAGAGGUGCUGACAGUAUUUCCCCAAGAUGCAGCCGAGAUCUCACAGCCCAUGGACCGAGGCUUAGGAAGGAGCCAGGGAAGGAUGAGGAGUGCUGAGAACCUUCUGUGGGUCUCUUUGGGAUUAGAUGUGGAGUUGUCUCUGUGGCCACUGGAACAUGCCUGCCUCCCUUCUAAGAACUGCCUCUGCCACCCCAUUAGGUUCCCAAUAUUGCUUUCCUCAUUGUAUCUGAGUAGACAGAGCUUUCAGAACUGGUAAGAUCUGGGUUUGAAUAUGAGCUCUGCCACUUACUGGCUGUGUGAGCUUGGGCAAGUUACCCCACCUCUCUGUUUAAGUGGGCUAACUGGGUCAUACCACAUUCCUAGGGUGAGAAACAUGGUUGGCAUAUGUAGUAGGUGUUCAUGUUUGAAUGAGAGGAUGAAACAAAAACAUCCUAUUCCUGACAGGGCAGGCAGUGCCCUGUGCAAUGUCCUGGAGCCCCACAGUACCUGCCCAGCUCCCUGGAGCCUUGCUGGAAUACUGUCUUAGGGUCAGAAGAUCCCAUGACUACCAGUGUGGGCAUGGCUUGUCAGUGGGUCUGCAGCUGGAACGUCCUCUCUGGGCCUUGGUUUAGCUUUGUUUCAGGGGUUUCCCUGAGGGAGAAAGGUUCUCUUCCUGGCCCUGGUAUGACAUAAUCCAGUGAUAUCUGGACCCAGGAGACACUUGCUGAGGCAGAGGAAUCUGUGAUCCUGACUCUUGCUCAUCUGAGGCCCAGGCCUGUCAUCACCAUCUCCGCUUCCUUACAGGUACUGUCUGAGUCUCCCAGCCAACAGGGGUUGCUGGCUGAUUCGACCACCAUUGUUCCUUUUCUUGGGAAUAGCAUCACCUUCCUAGGGAUUUUCUUUCAAAUGUCCUCCUCCCUGCAUACACAGUUCUGUGCACGAGGACACACACACACACACACACACACACACUCACACACACACUGCACCCUGUCUAUACCUCUGCAGCUUUCUCAUUUGACCUUGCUUGGGAGCCAAGGACUCAGCCUCUGGCUGCAGAGCUCUAAACCUCUAGAAGCUGAUGAUGGUUUCUUCCUCUGUCUGCCACAGACCCCAUGGUUUUAAGCUCGCCAUCCUCCUAACAACAGUCCAGUGUCCUCUUUAGUUCCCCUCCUGUUUCCUUAUUGGGAAAAGAAGAGAGUUCUGGGGGAUUCCAGAACCCUGGCACUCGGGGAGGGGACUGAGCUGAGAACUGGGGGAACCAGGUCAUGCUGGUUACCACAAUCCGGUGGAUGACAGCAAGCACGGGGCAGGAAAAGAAGGGCAAGAAGCCAGAGGUGAGGUUACAUUAUAAGUAGGAUGUCAGCGGUAUGGACAUUGGUGGGGAGAUGUCUCCCAUUUAGUUUGUUGGUUUUCUCUCUAAUUUCUCCAGGGUUAGAUUGAUCUGAGAGGGAAGCUUGCUGGAGUCUUUGCUGAACUGGAGUGGCAGGGAGUGCCCAUCAGUGGAGAAAGCUUGCUGGGGCCAUAGCUGAACCAGAGUGGCAGGGAGUGCCCAUCAGUGGAGGUAUGUUAACAUUGCCAGGAGUUAGGUAUCUUCAGACAUGGAGCAUAAUGGAAUUAGUUGGAUUUAGCUGAGAUUCCCCUAAGCUUCCAAAUUGUUCAUUUGAGAAGAACCAGAGUCUUUGGGGCCAGAGCCUGAUUUUUGUCCUGCUCUAGCUUCUUGUUCUCGAGCCCGUGUGCAUCCUCUUUCCUACAUCAUUCCCCUUCCUCGUUUGUCCUGAGCAGAUGGACAGCAGGACACUUGCGUAGUGCAGAGGGUGGCGCAGUGUUGGAGCAUUGCCUGCACAUGAAUCUCAGAGGGACAGAGGCCGAACCUGAGGGUCUAUGGCGGCUGGUUCGUCAGUGUAAAGGAUGACUGCUCAUGUGCUUGGCAAUUGUUAGUGUUCCCUGGCCUGUUUCUUCUGGAAAGCAGCUGUGCUAGUUGCAAUGCCUACCCCGUGAGACUAUGAUGACAGGUAAAUGUGUCUUUAAAGCACUUAGCACAGUGCCCUGCAUUUUCUAAUAGCCCUAAUCUGCUAUUCAUGUUCUCUCAUUCAUCCAUGGUAUCCUGCCAUGGUUUGACAGAUAAGCACAGUCCUGGCUGGGCUGCACCCAGGCUGUCUUGUGCAGGAUGGCAAGACUUUGCUGUGAUAUGGGGUGCAGAGGGAGAGGAGAGAGGGAGAGAGUGGAGGGGAGAGAGAGGAGAAGGAAGAGGAGGAGGAAGAGGAGGAGGAAGAUCUGUGUGAGUUGGAGGUUAGGUUGCUUUGGAAAGGGAGUGCUUAAUAAGAAUCUUAAACAAUUAGGAAGUAUUGAUGUGGAGAAUUGGGAGGGUUCCAGGCAGAGAGAAACAUGUGAUCAGAGGCUUAGGUCUCAGCAGCUAGUGAGAUGAAGGAGAUAGGGGGUAUACAGGUGACUGAGGAGUGAGUAGUGGGACCCCUGGUGGGUGCCUGGGCUUCAUCACCUGGAGAAGGGGGACAGGUGCAGGAUACCACGAGAAGGCUGCAAGGCAUGAAUGUGGCAUUGUGGUGACAGGGCCUGUCCUCCCUAUACUUUCAGAUUUUCCUGGAAGGAAGACUUCUAUGUCAGAUGCACUGUGGGAGCAAUACUGUAGCAUCCUCCGACCCUCCUUUAGGGUAAGAACUACAGCUAGAGGACAUGGCCUUGAUUCCAUGCCUCAACUUGGCAGCCUUUUCAUAUUUGACUUCUCAGUCUCCAAGGUCAGGGUGGCGGCUGAUGGUCUCCUGGGUCUAAGGAAAAGCAGCAAGUAAGAGGAGACUCACUAAUCAGUUCUGGCCCAAGGGAACAAGGACAGGGAAAGGAGGCAGCUGCCAUGCCAACCUCUUCCUGGGAGGUGUGGCAUCUGGGUCAGUAUUGACUCCGGGGCCAAUGACAUUCACCAAACCUGUCUUCUCUUCUUUCCUCUUUUUCCCUACUUGAUUCCUUUGUAUACCCACAUCUAUCAUUGAAGCUACUCAUGAGUGAGCUGUCACCAUUGCUGAUCAUGAUUCUUUCCAUCAGAGAUUAAGGCAGGAGUCCAAACGCCAGAGUUUUGCAGGUAUAUCAACGAACACAGUAGUUGGCCAUGGCAGUGGUGGCAAGAUUAAAGGCAGUGUCUGCUCGGACCCACUCAAGCAUUCUUAGUCAUUCUUUCAGCAGAGGUUUGAGUAGUUGCUAUGUUCCGUUUUAGUUUUAGCAUUUAAGAGACGAAAACCCAAGGAGUACUGACAGAGGGACCUAUGGAGGCUUGGAGGGAUGAUGGUGUCAGGGAUCAGGAAGAAGGGCAGGUUCUGUCCUCUCAGAGAUGUCUGCCUACCUCCAGAAAUGGGCUAUCCUGGCUUGGAGAGCAGCCAAGCUGAAUGUAGAGUUCUCCUCAGGACCAGGGAGGUUGGGUGCUGACCAGGGUGCUGAAUUGUCAUGGUAAUUCCUAACAGGGUAGCUGAGUGAGGAGGAAGGAGAGCUAGUGUGUUCUUUUUACUAAGGACCCCUGUGACUGUUUUGGUCCACACUGAGCAGGGAAAGCUUGGAUGUGAAGACAAAAUUUCUGUGGUUUGUGUGGCCCUGGGGAAAUCUUUCUCAUGCACCUGCUGUUUCCUUUGAUUGGCUUUUUCCUUUGUUUAGUGCAGAGUAGCUUCCAUCCUACCAACCCCAGAGGGCCAAGGAGAGCAGCAGCAGCUGGGAUCUAGUGGAAAGAUCCAGCACAGAGCCCAAGCCCAGCUUUGGGGCCUAGAGGAGCCCCUUAACUCACCCUCAGAGGGGUUUAACGGGGUUAUCUCCUGCAGAGUGGAGGUGGUGUCACAUGGUAUCAGAUGCCCCUUCUAACCUGGGUGCUGCUAGUGAGGUAGCUGUUGAGUGCUCAGGAACACGUACGCCCAGCCAUCAGGCUCAGUUUCGGAGUCUACGUCCAUCCCUGGGAUUACGCAUAACUUCUCCUUUCUCAGAUAGCUCCUCUUUCCCAGAUCCUGGGAUGGGUUUUGCCUGUGGGUUAUGGCCAGGUGAGAUUUGGUUCUACUGAAAAGAACUUAGGAGUUUUAGAAUCAGGCUGGUUUAGUUCUGCCACCCCUCAGGGCUGUGUCCAAUACCUUGACUAACGCCUCCAGUCUUCAUCUCGGGUUGUAGCAAGUACAGUCUGGGAUAAGAAGCUGCGCAUACUAUGGGCAGUAGAUAAACACGUGUCUCCUCACUGGUUUGGCCCAGAGUUCCUCUCCUUUGUGUCUGAGCUCCGUUCUCACUUACCCAUAUGCCUUUAGUAAUGACAGCUGCCGACACCCACUGGACCCCCACUCCCUUUAAUAAGACACAUUUAGUGGUACUUCCCAGCAAUCUGCAGGCAGGUGUAACACCCAUUUCACAUAUGAGGAAGGCUGUUACCAGUCAUGUGCUGGAGUCAUUCCCACACUUGGUUUCUGUCAACCUAGCAGACCUUUCUAACCCUCUCUGCUUUAGAAGUGAGGCUCAAUGACUAAUGACCUCAGGGUGGCUAUCUCAUAAGGGCACCCAUUUAUUUAAAGACGUUUAUGAAAUAUGCUUGAAUGAGCCAUUGGGUUAAGGGAAUGGAGUGGCUACUAGGGGUACAACCAGGUAAAAUGUAAAUAUGCAUGCAUUAAUUAUGUAUGCCAUCAGCCGAGACUGGCUGACUUAGUUCUCUGUUCCCGAUAUCCAGGUGAAGGUAAAGGGCUAUCUGUUCACUUGAACAACCCAAUUCAGUGUACACAUGGAAUGCAGGGAACUUGUCAAAAGGCAAGUUCACUGGGGCUAGAGAGAUGGCUCAAUGGUUAAGAACAGUGGCUGUUCUUCCAGAGGACCUGGGUUCAAUUCGCAGCAUCCGCAUGACAGCUCACAACUAUCAGUAACUCCAAUUCCAGGGGUUCUGAUGGCAUUUUUGGCCCAUGUGUGCACCAGAUAUGCAACCAGUG